UAGCUAUUCCGUUCCAUUCCCUGUUUGCAAUGCAAGGUCUUCUGAAAUGCUGCGUGCUGGCUGCAGCUCUAAUUUCGGUUCACAUUCUUGGACAGGAGAUCGCCAAUCACACUAUCAAUGUGGAUAAGCUGGCCAAGUUGGUGCUUCCCAAUGAACAUGACAAUCGCGUUAUCGGCGGCGAAGUUACCACGAACUCUAAGUUGGGAGGAUACCUUAUGGCGUUGACAUAUGCCGGAGACUUUGUCUGCGGUGGCACUCUUAUCCAUGAUCUAAUUGUUCUGACAGCGGCCCACUGCUUUUUGGGCCGAAUGACGGUUUCGGAUUGGACUGUGGUUGGCGGUAUUUCGAAGCUCGGUCAAAAAGGUAUACGGCGCAAAAUAAAGGACUUUAUCUUAUCUGAAAAGUUUAAAGAGGAAGAUAUGAAUAUGGAUGUGGCCGUGAUGCUGCUGAAAGCUCCUUUAAGGGCCAAGGGUAUUGGAAAACUAUCGUUGUGCUCGGCAACUCUUAAGCCAGGUGUUCAACUUACUGUUUCCGGAUGGGGUAUGACAGUUGCCAGAGGACGUGGACCACAGACAUUACUACGUACAGUGACAGUGCCAAUUAUUCACAAGAAUAACUGCCGUGCCGCCUAUCAGCCAAUGGCUAAAAUAACGGACAGUAUGAUAUGCGCCUCAGUAUUAGGAAAAAAGGACGCCUGCACCUACGACUCAGGAGGACCAUUGGUUUACAAAAAGCAGGUUUGUGGUAUUGUGUCCUUUGGAAUUGGAUGUGCUAGCAAACGUUAUCCCGGCGUGUACACGGAUGUCAUUUACGUUAAGCCCUUUAUCACAAAGAGCGUAAGAAUCUUGCUUCAAAAGCGCUGAAUAAAGGUGUUGUUCUUGAGAAAUUUUUUAAAAGAA